AUGCGGCAGUGGCAGGAUCCCCCAUGUACUCGGUACAUGCAGGUCGCAGGCCAACCCGCCACCACCAGCCCAACCUGCAGUUUGGCCUUGAACGGGCGUCAAUGUCCACAGGCGCAACUGGGCCGAUCGGCGCGGGAAUCCAGGUGGCACCCCAUCAAGGUAUCCAGUACCAGCGCCAGGCACUGGCCCGCAGCCUAUUCACGCGGUACUGAGUACAAGCAGGGGCCCGAUGCCCUGGCUUACCUCAUCCCACCGCCCACGGAGCCCCUCGACCCCACGGUGCCUGAGGAAAUUUGCAGCCUCUACGUCAAACCAGCAAAGGUGUGUCCACCCUCCCUGAUCUUCCUGGGCUGUCAUUUCUGA